AUGAUAGAUACAGAACAAUUAAUCACAGCUGUCUUCAAUGAACUUGAUGAAGAGCAUACUGGGUAUAUUGAUAUUAGUGAAUAUUAUGCUGGACUUUGCCAAUUCGUUCCUGAAGCAUCUUUUGAUGCUGCAAAGGCUUUGUUUAAAAUCUCUGAUAUUCAAAAAAACAAUCGGAUUGACUUAAAGCAAUUUACUGAGUUAGUUCAUUUUUAUGUCAAAAACCAAGACGACGAAGAUGAGUAUUCAAUUCUUUUUAAAAAAUGUAGUUCAAAUGGUUUUGUUCAAAUAGAACAAGUUCACCAAAUGUUUAUUGCUAUCAACAAUAAACUAACAAAAGAACGAAUUGAUGAAGUGUGUAAAGAGUGUCAUAAAGAACAAGAAGAUAAAUUAAAUUAUCAAGAAUAUAUGAGCUGUGCAUCAAAAGCAAAACAGAAACCUUUUAAAACAAGAGAAGAUGAACGUGAUAAGAUUUAUAGAGAGAAACAACGAUUUGGUGAUCCUAUGAGACAGAUGUUUAAAAAAAGAAAAGAAAAAGAAUUAAAGAAAGGAAUUGAAGAAAAAGCACAAGAAAUGAAUGAAAUAAAGGAAGGGAUGAAAGAAACAACCAUAAAGCAACGACCAAAAUACCAAGGGAAAUUUCCACAAAAUAGAUUUGGAAUUGCACCUGAUUAUAAGUGGGAUGGGAUUGAUAGAGGGAAUGGAUUUGAAAUGAAAUACUUUGCACAAGUGAAUAAGAAAAUCAUUCAAAAGAGGAAAGAAGAUAUUAAUGAUGUUGUAGAUUGGUGA